GAGCAUUGUGCGUAGUCUCAGUCAGUCAGAGAGAGAGAGAGAAUGCAGGGCUUAUUCACAGCACCCGCUGCUGCGUCCCCGGUCACAGCGGCAUUGCUGCGACGAUGGACUGCGGGGACGCAGCAGGUUCAGCAUGCCCUGCCUGGGCGCGCUCCGCUCUGGCGACGUCAGCGAUUUCAUCAGGGGUUCAUCGUGGAGGCAGUACAGAGCGAAGCACAUGCCGAAGCACACAAACCAGUUGUUGGGAAGACACAGCAGCAUAAGGGUGAGCCGAGAAACAUCGACGAAAUGAUCGGCUCCAUCAGAGCUUCGUUGAGGUCAGCAGCAGGCGGUGAUCUCGAUAUCUCCCUAUACGACACAGCAUGGAUCGCGCUUGUGAGAAAGCUGGACGGUGGAGAAGGCCCGGAGUUCCCCUCGUGCAUCGACUGUAUCGCUAGGAACCAGCUCCCAGAUGGUUCAUGGGGCGAUGAGGCCUUCUUCGUAGCCCAAGACCGUCUCAUCAACACCUUGGCUUGCAUCAUCGCUCUAAAAACUUGGAAUGUUCAUAGCGACAAGUGCAACAGAGGCUUGUCGUUUCUCCAUGAAAAUAUGAAGAGACUACGUGACGAUGAUGAGAAUUGGAUGAUGGUCGGUUUUGAGAUGACCUUCCCAACACUGAUAGAGAUGGCCAAGGAUAUAGGCCUUGACCUGCCUUACGAUGAGCCUGCGUUGCAAGACAUAUAUGCAAAAAGAGAUCUAAAACUCGCCAAGAUUCCUAUAGAUGUACUGCACUCCGUACCAACAUCUUUGCUUUUUAGCUUAGAGGGAAUUCCAGGAUUAGACUGGGACAGGUUAUUCAAACUCCAGGCUCCAGAUGGCUCCUUCUGUGCGGCACCAGCUGCGACAGCUUAUGCUCUUAUGCAAACAGGGGACAAGAAAUGCCACGAGUACCUUACCGACGUCAUCGACAAGUUCAACGGGGGAGCACCCUUUAUCUACCCGGUGGAGCUGUUCGAGCGCUUAUGGGUUGUCGAUCGGUUGGACCGGUUGGGAAUAUCCUCCUACUUCAGGAGUGAAAUUAACAGUUUUUUGGACUAUGUUUACAGGCACUGGAGUGACGAAGGCAUAGGUUUUAGCUGGGUCGUCAACUCGGUGCCGGACGUCGAUGACACGGCCAUGGCUAUCCGUCUCCUCCGGCAGCAUGGCUACCACAUCUCUACCGAAGCCAUAAAGCGUUUCAAGACGAAGGAUGGCGAGUUCGUUGUGUACCCGGGGCAGUCCAGCCAGUCACCGACCGCGAUGUACAACCUGUACCGCGCUGCCGACCAGGCCGCCUUCCCCGGCGAUGACGGUGUUGUCCAGCGGGCCAAGGCCUACAGCUACGCGUUCCUCCAGGAGAGGCGAGCCGCUGGCAACCUCAACGACAAGUGGAUCAUCUGCUCAGGCCUGCCCAGUGAGCUAGCCUACGGCCUCGACUUCCCCUGGAAGGCAAAUCUGCCGCGCGUCCAGACUAGGAUGUAUCUGGAGCAGUACGGUGGCGGUGAAAAUCUGUGGAUCGGGAAGAACCUUUACAGGAUGCAUCUGUUCAACAACGAUCUGUUUCUCAAGUUGGCAAAGGCCGAUUUCAGCAACUUCCAGAGACAGUGCCGGCUUGAGUGGCAGGGCCUCGAAAGCUGGUUUGAGAAAAACAAUCUUGAAAUGUAUGGGGUGACUCCAAGUAGCGCUAUGAGAGCCUACUUCCUAGCAGCAGCCAACAUCUUCGAACCAGACCGAGCGGCGGAGCGGCUGGGGUGGGCGCGCACAGCGGUGAUUGCCCAGGCCAUCUCUUCGUGCUUCCUGAGCAGCAACGCUUCUGUUACCGAAAGCAUGAUGGAAGGGCUCAAUGCUGAGCUCACUAGUGACGGCCGUAAUCUUACAAGGCGUGGAGGCAAGUAUUCGACGAUGGAGACUGGCCUCCUCAAUGCACUUAAUGAGCUGAUCAAUCUCUUUGCACCUGGAAAAGAUGCUUCCAACAAUCUGCGUGAAGCUUGGAAGACAUGGCUGACAGAAUUGACUUCGAAUGGUGGCCAUGAAUCAUGUGAAGGAAGCACAGCACUGUUGUUAGUUCGCACAGUGGAGAUCUGCUCAGGGAGACACUGUUCGGCCAACCAGAAUCUGAAGCUUUCCGAGUAUUCGCAGCUUGAGAAGCUUACCUCUUCCAUCUGCAGCAAAGUUUGCUCUAGAAUUCUUUCUCACAAUGGAACAACCAAGGAGAACACUGAGAAUUUAGAACAACGAGUAGAUCAGGAGAUGCAAGAGCGAGUAGAUCAGGAGAUGCAAGAGCUGUGUCAGUGUGUUUAUCAGACAUGCGACGCUAUAAGCAGGGUGACCAAGCAGACAUUUCUCCAUGUGACUAAGAGCUACUGCUACGUUGCUCAUUCUUCAUCUGAAACAAUCGACAGUCACAUCUCCAAGGUCAUAUUUGAGGAUGUUCUUUAGGGCCAUCCCAACCAAGAAACUAUGUAGUAGGCUAGUAGCACUACUGUCUAUGACAUGUUGUGUCACGUAGACACCGUCUAACAUAAGAAACUAUGAUUUCUCCAUGCAUAAUUUGUAAUAAUUUGUAAUUGUGGUUACAAAAUAAAUUCAUCCAAUGACAAUUCUCCUGUC